UACGCAUGGAGUUGGAUGAGUGCUCAUUUGAUUUUUCCCGCCACUUCCCGUCAGCCCGCAACCACCUGCUCAACCAGCCCAACCCUGACCCGAGGCAGUGGCGAGGAUCCCGGGGACUUCAUGUGUUGGUGUAGGUGCAGCAGUUGCUGUCGGUGCCCAGAGGGCCUGACAUGUAUGCUGGUCCUAGCCAUAUUCGCUUCCGUCCUAGGGAUGUUUCAGUUCGGCUAUAAUCUAGGUGUAAUCAAUGCUCCACAAAAGGUACUAGAAGACUUUAUUUCAAAUGUGUAUCAAGAGCGGACGGGAAUGCAGAUACCCAAGAACUUCAAAGACUGGUUGUGGGCAAUCACUGUUGCUGUAUUUGCCAUUGGAGGCAUGGUUGGAGGCAUUUCUGGAGGCAUGAUGGCAAAUCGUUUUGGGAGGAAAGGGGGUAUGCUCAUCAACAAUAUUUUGGGCAUUCUUGGAGGCUCAUUGAUGGGUUUCAGCAAUGCCUCUAGAAGCAUAGAAUUGCUCAUUUUUGGUCGCCUUAUCAUUGGAAUGAAUUGUGGUCUCAACACUGCACUAGUGCCAAUGUACCUGCUAGAGAUAUCUCCUGUGCCACUCAGGGGAGGCCUAGGCACUGUCAGUCAAGUAGGAGUAACAGUGGGGAUGCUGCUUUCUCAAGUUUUAGGUAUUGAAGUCAUCUUAGGCACAGAAGAAGGGUGGCCAUACCUGCUCGCAAUUGCAGUCAUUCCAGCUGUGUUGCAGUUAGUGCUGCUGCCCUUCUGCCCAGAAAGUCCACGAUAUUUGCUCAUUUCAAAGCAGCAAGAGUCUUUAGCACGAGAAGCUCUACAAAAGCUGAGAUGCUCAAGUAUGGUUGAAGAUGACAUUGAGGAGAUGAAAACGGAGGAGCAAGCUCAACAGCAGGAAGCUAAAGUGACUAUGAUGCAAGUGAUCACGACUCGGUCACUCCAGCUACCACUUCUGAUUGGAGUGUUGAUGCAUCUCUCACAGCAGCUCUCUGGCAUCAUAGCUGUGUUCUACUACUCUGUGCGACUGUUUGAGGCGGCUAGCCUGCCGCCAAGCACUGCCAAGUUUGCCACCAUAGGAGUCGGAGUUGUCAUGGUGGUCAUGACACUAGUUUCCAUCCCGCUGAUGGACCGAGCGGGACGACGUACACUGCACUUGUAUGGCCUGGGGGGCAUGUUCAUCUUCAGCAUCUUCAUCACUAUCUCCCUGCUGGUGAAGUUCUUGUACUAUUGGAUCACUUAUAUGAGCGUAGUGAGCACUUUGUGCUUUGUAGUCUUUUUUGCAAUUGGUCCAGGAACAAUUCCCUGGAUGCUCAUGGCCGAGCUGUUCUCCCAGGGGCCUCGGCCAGCUGCCAUGAGCAUAGGUGUCCUCAUUAACUGGUCAGCCAACUUCAUCGUGAGCCUCAUUUUCCCCCCAAUGCAGGCAGCUCUUGGAAACUACACUUUCCUGCCAUUUACUGUACUGCUGGGCUUCUUCUGGACAUUCACAUACAAAAAAGUUCCAGAGACGAAGAACAGAACUUUUGAGGAAAUAUCUGCCCUUUUCAGGAGGGAUGAUGUAGUCAGCAUCAAUGGGAUGGGCACACGACGCAACUCUCUGGCACCUGGCCAGGAUGCAGUGUAUGAAGAAAAGCCAGAGACAUGUUAUCUCCAUCAGCAUCACCACCACCACCACUGUCACUACGGAAAGUUCCACAACAGAAAGAAACUUGAACUCAAUCACCUAGAAGACCAACUGUAACCAUACUUGUAGACUGAAUCACUCUUUUUGAAAUGACAGCGGGAGCCGACCCUCCUGUCCGGAGCAGUGCAAUCUGGCAGCGCCUGCAGCAGAAGCGGCAGCAGCAGGGUGUCGUCUUCCCACCGGCCUCCUCCUCCUCUUUGUCCUCCCACGACGUCGCGCCGCAUCAGCAGGCGGGCCCCUGGUUGCGGCGCACGCAGGCGCACCCAGCGGCAGCGCAUAUCAAUUCCCGGACACGAGGGAACAAGUGGCCUGCCUCCCCCGUUUCUCCCCGCAACCACCGAAUCCCUGGCACCUUCGUGGACUGCGCCGAGGCUGGGCCGGACACCGACAAAGAACAAGCUAUGCAUUCCCACUGAUGGACUCCUCCGCGGGCGCGGAUGCCUGCCGCCGAGCAACCAAAGAAUGCCACGACACCUACCCAAUUCCCACUCAGGUCCUCACCCCUGGUAACCCACAGCCAGACACAAACACGCAGACACACACACACACGUCUUUGGUUCGCCUGUCCUGGGCAUGGCAGGGGGUGUUGCCGCCACGAGUCCUAUCCGCGUCGUCGUCCUACACACACAAACGCGCGCACACAUUGGUCGGUAUUCCCGGCGCGGAGCAGCGCGCACCGCGCCGCGCUGUUGUUUGUACGCCGGGUAGUGGAAACACGAACUUCCCUGGACAGGAUUUAUGCAGGACAACGUUUCUAUUGUAUAUUGUGCCUUCAGUUCGGGGUCCUUGUUUACAAAAGCUCGUUGGUCUGGAGCCAUGGUGAGCUCUUCUUCCCCUGUCUCUCUUUCUAUAUUUCUCUGUUCUUUUCUCUCUUCAUCUCUAGUUUCGCACAUGGGCAUCCGCGUCAGAGUACGCUAACAUGUACAGAAUUUUACCACU